AUGAAGCGCCCAGCCACGCGUUGUCAACAAGAUGAGCAACCAGUUCUGAAGCGGCCUGCUGCUGCAACAGUGCCUGCUGAUGACAAAGCUGCAGAUCCCAUGGCCCCACUGCCAGAAAACAAGGAAGAGUUGGAGAAAUUCUUGGCAGACCCAAAUAUCAAGCCAUUGGACAAAAAGCUUGCCAAGUUCAAAGCGGCCGUGAAGCCAGACGAAGAUGCGUCAGCCAUGUUUGCCAAGAUGAAACGAUUUUUCGAUCCCAGUGAGAUGAGCUGCCUAUGGGGCAGGUUUGGGACUCUCAUCAAUGGGUCCGCGGGUGAGCAGCAAGAGCAUUUGCAAUAUGGAUUGGCGCAGUGGCAAAGUGGUACACCUGUGGCUCUUCACAACUUGACACCGAAUAUGUACAUGAGCACGGCUGAGAAAUACGCGGAGCUGAAGCAUGUGAGAGCUUCGGAAGUGUCUCUUUGCUUCCCGCAGUUCUUCACCUCCACAACAAGAAACGCGAUGCUUGCGGAGGAUCCGUUCCUAUCAGUCCACCGCACCUCGCCAGACAGUUUCCUGGACGAGAGGCCACCCUUGGAGAGGAGUGGAGACGUGGUGGAGUUCGACACUACAUUGGUGGGGGCUGCGGAGGCGGUCGGCGAGGUCGCAGCCUUCCUGGUGCUGUCCGUGGUACGUGCACCCGGGGAUGCAGGGCUGCACCUUGCUGGCCGCUUCAUCGGCAGCUCCUCCGAAGAGGCGAACAAGCUCCUGUCGACCGCCCUGAACCGGAAGAGCGGCCACGUCCAUCUGUGCUGGGCCUCCCCGUGCGCAGAGCUGGACGAGGAAGGCCUGGUCCAUGCUACCAAGGCUCGCUGGUGGAAGGGCAGUACCUUCGUGGCACCCUACAUAAGCCCUUGGGGAAGGAUGGUGCUGAAGGAGUACUUAGAGAAGGUCGACGAGGAGGCCACCCUAGAGGAUUCCGAAGGCAGAGGGAUCUUGAAGGCCAAGUUGAAGGGCCUCCGUCAGCAGUUGGCCGGACGAGGCAAGGGCUCAGGUGGGUCCGCAGUGGUGGAUCUGGUUGGUUCCGAGGAGGAGUCAGAGGAGGCUUCCUUUUCAGGCUUUGCGGAAGAGGAGAGCGGAUUGGUUACAGGAGAGAGGCUGACUGGCGGAGGCACCGCCUUGGCCCUUACCAAUGGGGAAGGGGACCCCAUGAAACGGAGGAAACAGAAGGUGAGGAGAAAGAGGGAGAGAUCAGAGGUGAGGAGAAGUCCAGCAGACCAGCUGCUGGCUCAGGCCGAGCAAGCAAGGGAUGCGGACUUAGAAGAGAAAGAGGAGAAGAAGAGGAGGAAAAGAAAAGGCGAUGGGCCCUCAGGGGUAAAGGCGUUGGUGAAGCUUCUGACGCAGGAAGCCGGCCGGAGGCACAAGGAGAAGGAUGUGGUGAAGAAAGAGGUGAAGGAGAAAAAGAAAGAGAAGAAGGGGAGGAAAAAGAGGAAAGGAAAGAAGGGCCAUGGAGACGGCUCGGGGCCGGGCAGCUCGGGGGACUCCUCUGGCUCGGGAGGAACGAGCCGGAGCGAGGAGGAGGAAGCAGAGAGCAGUUCCUCCGAGAUGCUGGCCCCACUACAAAAACGCUCCGCGAAGAAACCGGGAGCGGUGCUGAAGAUGCUGGUGGAUUACGCCCGUGCGGUGAUGGACCAGACGGCGCUGGUUUCGACCGGAGCGGCCGGGGUCACCACGGGUGUGAAGCUAGCAUCUUAUUGGCGACCUCGGGAGAUUAGGUCGGCACAAUACCUGGAGAUGAACCCGCUGGAGGCUGCUCAAGGCGCGCCUACGGCGCUUCUCCUGGAGGCGCGCAAGCACGGCAAGAUGGUGGAGAAGAGCCGCGGAGCAGAAGAGUGGAGCAGGCGCAGAGGAGAAGGAGAGCCCUGGAGACGGGGCCAAAACAGCAAAGGAGGUGGAAAAGGAGGAAAGACAGGAAAGGGAAAGGACAGCAGCAAAGGAGGCCGAAGCGAGGAGACUUGGAACAAGGGAGGAAAGUGGUCGCAGAACCAGUGGAAGGAACUGGUGGGCCGACAACAAGGAGAAGGCAGAUGGAUCAGGAAAAGACAAGCCGGGGAAGCCCGGCGCGGAAGCUGCGAAGUAGGGGAUGCUGGCACUGGCCGUGCGUCCCUUGCUAGCGACCUGCAGCUGGAAGGCUUCAAUGGCCUGAAGAUGGUGGUGGCAGAAGGUUACAGUUUGUGCAGAAUUGGCUGCAUCCUUGCCUGGCUGGUAGUACAUGCCGUGCCGGGGGGGGAAGCGGCCGAACGGUGGAACGUUUUCCAGUGGUUGACGGCUCAGGGAGGUGCUGGCCGAAGUGCCGUGCAUCGGACUCCCAAGCGGGAGUCCUUUCCUCUCCGGCUUGGAGAGCUGGACAGAGUGGUCGAUGCACUGGGCGACUCUGCCCUUUUGGACGUCAUCGAGAAGACCUUCAGCGACCGCUGGUGUGAGGAUUGCUGGGUCUUUCUAUCGGUGAUGUUUUGCAAUCACCUUCAUGGCCGCCGUGGCGUGCCUCAGGGCCGCUGGCGCCGUGGGGAUUUGACCGCGAUUUCAACGCUGCGGUCUUCUGUACAGAGAGUCCUGCGGCUAGACACGCCGGUACCGCGAUCGCCAGAGGUCGUGGAAAAAGAGCUAAGUGCGAGGUUUGUUAGCUAUACAGGGGAAGAAGUGGCUCGAAUGGAGCCGUUGUGUUUGGAACGGGUUCUGCCUGCGUUGCCCCCGGUUGGGCACGGCGGUUCUAUUCCUGUUGUCAACUGGGUUAAAGGUAGGACCAGGUUGUUUUUGCUUAGGCCCGAACUAUGCGUGCUAAAGGAUGAAGGUCAGAAACUUCCAAAGCUCCAGGCAAAGGUUCACAUCGAGGACAAAGAUAAGCUAGGGAUUGCCCUGGCGCUUGUUGAGCGUGGAGUGUGCGAUUGGGUGGAAGAAUCUGAGGUGUAUACCUACCGCAACGAGCGAAUUCUGAACGGACUAUUUGGCGUGGCAAAGAGCGGCGUGCUGUACCUCUCGGUUGGCGGGGCCGAAAUUGGACGAAACCCCAAGAGAAGUUUUUACUUGGCCUGCAGUGUUUUGCCAAUGGGCUGGGCCAGUGCGGUGAGCGUCAUGCAGGAGAUUAGUGAGGAAUUGCUGCUUGCUGAAUCUGAGCAGGUUGCGCGAAACAGACCACUGCCUCAGUGGCUGACAUCUGCGCUGAAAGGUGCUUCGGGCGGCAGGUGUUGGUGGCACGUCUACCUUGACAAUUUCAUGACAGGUGAACGAGUAGCUAAAGAGGAGACCCCCUUUUGGGCUGCUUCGCGCCGCUCUGAGGCUGAACAGGCCUGGGCUGAAGCUGGAGUGUUGUCAGCCGAGAAGAAGAAAGUAGUAGGAGCUCAACAGGCCCUGGAGCUGGGGGCGUGUUUUGACGGUGAGGGUCAAUGGCUAGGCGGUAGUCCACAAAGACUCUGCCAGCUGAUUCAGUCGUCGUGCCUGGUGUUGUCAAGGGAUUUUGUGCCAGUAAAAUGGCUCCAAGUGAUUUUGGGCCGGUGGGUCCAUGUGCUGCAGUUCCGAAGGGCUGGUAUGGCAUGUUUAGAUAAGGUCUGGCAGUGGAUCAGCAAGAAACCUCUGACUGCAGGUCAGAAAGCCAAGGCUAGAGGUACUGGCAGAGCCGUUGGUGCUGCCUCUGCCUUGACGAGCGCUGGGGAGGAUUUUGCAAGCUGCACUUUGAGUGAGGGCCAUGGGCCUGUGAAGGCGCCGCUCUUGGUGGUGUCCCUGUUCAACGGGAUAGGUGUCUUUGUGAGCCGGAAGGAAUAUUACAUUGAUGUUGAGGCCCCUGCGCCUUAUCCCCAGCUUGAUCAACGGCUCACGGAGGGCCACAGGUGGGAUGGCGCUGAUGAAGGACUCAGUCGCACUCCAAGCUCCGCUGCGGCUAGGCUGGAGACUCCUGAACUCCUGAGCGCCAGUGAGCGAGAGCUCCUCCAUGGGUAUGGCUUUGAACAUACAGCAUUGGCGAUGUCCGCCAGCAACAUCAAGCACGACGCCCAGGCGUAUGAGGAUGUCAGGUGCAGUUUCGUGGGCGACAGUUUCAGCAUGUAUUCUUUUGUCAUUUUCAGUUGGGGAGCUUGCCGUGAGCUCUGUCCUAGAGUGACGUACGAGCAUCUGGCUAUGAGGUUCAUUCACCUUACUGAUAGCUAUGUUUCCCUGUCAGUUAUCUCAAAGGGUCGUUCAAGCAGUACCAUGUUGAUGUCUGUGAUGAAGCAGAUUGCUGCCUUUCAAUUUGGGUUUGGACUUUUUCCCGUUCUCAUCCACGUGGAGAGUACCGAGAACCCAACAGACGAGGUUCGUUACUAUGAUGCGGUUUCGCAGCUCUACCCACACAUUGAAUCUUGCGAUUCUCUGGAAGGGUUGGAUGAGGUGGUCAGUGAUUGGAUUGAAGAAGUUUUCACCAAGGGAGCCCCCAUCAAUCUCGUUGCAGACGCGUUGAGCGGAUUGCAUUACUUCAUGCGCAGCACCAAAAAGCGCUUACCUACUUCUUGGAAACUGUUCGCUACCUGGCGACGGUUUGAAGUGCCUUCUCGGGCCCCACCGCUCACGCAAGAUCUGCUUUGGGCAAUGGUCUCACGGUGUCUCUUGGCAUUAUCUUUUCACUGCUUUCUCAGAACAGGUGAAGCUCUGGCAGUUCGGCCGUGUGACCUUCUCCUGGGAAAAGACAGCGGAAUCGUGACCCUCCCCGUGUCAAAGGGGAAGACUAGACACAAGCUGUCUGAAUCGGUCACAAUCUUUGAUGUCACUGUGGUAGAUAUUCUGCACGAACUCUAUGCCCUUAAAAAGGCCCAGGGAAUGAUGAAGGACCAGCCGGCUGGUCGCUUCGUACCGUGCCUGGCUUUCAACACGCUGAUGGCGUGUCGAGCUGUGUUCACAGGGGCACGUGGAUGA